GCCGAUUUUCCUGGGAAGUGGACGUGUCGCUAAAGUUCUAGCGAACCAAUUAAAAAAAGACAAAGAUUUCAUAAACUCUGAUAAUCCCUAAAGUGCUCCGAAGUUCGUUCAAUCCGUGCUCACCAGUUUUUAACUUUUUCGACGCGUUUGUUUUUCUGACGAGUGACGCUAGUUGUGGUAAAAUGGUUUUGGAAAAGGAAAACCUCUCUGAAAACAUGGAAAUCAUCAAGAAUACUCGCAAAGUGCUGACGGAAAGUGGUGCAAACGUAGCCGUACCGCAGGCCAAAGCAAACGGCGUUCCGAUGGAGGAGGAAAAGCCCGUUGCCAACGAAUCACCGAUGGUGGUCGGUGGUGAGGAGACGAAAGAGAACCCUAGUACCGCGCUGUCGGAAGUAGAGCCUGAGCAACCGUUCGAUCCGUCGAUUGAGCCGCUGCUGAUGGACAAUCCGCGUCGUUUCGUCAUCUUCCCGAUUCAGUACCCCGACAUCUGGCAAAUGUACAAGAAGGCCGAAGCUUCUUUCUGGACGGUCGAAGAGGUGGAUCUCUCAAAGGACAUGAAAGACUGGGAUUCACUGAAACCGAGUGAACGUCAUUUCAUCUCGCACGUGCUCGCCUUCUUUGCUGCCUCGGAUGGUAUCGUGAACGAAAAUCUGGUUGAACGGUUCAGCCAGGAGGUGCAGGUGACGGAGGCCCGCUGUUUCUAUGGUUUCCAGAUCGCGAUGGAAAACGUACACAGCGAAAUGUACUCGCUUCUUAUCGACACCUACAUUCGGGAUCCGAAAGAACGGGAUUUCCUGUUCAAUGCCAUCGAGACGCUGCCGUGCGUGAAGCGUAAGGCGGACUGGGCGAUGAACUGGAUCUCGAGCAAGAAGGCUAACUACGGCGAGCGUAUCGUGGCGUUCGCUGCCGUUGAGGGUAUCUUCUUCAGUGGCAGCUUUGCUGCCAUCUUCUGGCUAAAGAAGCGUGGCCUGAUGCCGGGUCUGACGUUCUCCAACGAGCUGAUCUCGCGCGAUGAAGGUUUACAUUGCGACUUUGCCUGUCUCAUGUUCAAGUAUCUGGUACAGAAACCAUCGCGCAAACGCGUAACGGAUAUCAUCCGUGAUGCAGUCAUGAUCGAGCAGGAGUUCCUGACGAAAGCACUGCCUGUCGAUAUGUUGGGUAUGAAUUGCGAGCUCAUGUCGCAGUACAUCGAGUUCGUGGCGGAUCGUCUGUUGGUGGAGUUGGGCUGUGAGAAGGUGUACAACACGAAGAAUCCGUUCAGCUUUAUGGAGUUCAUCUCGCUCGAGGGCAAGACGAACUUUUUCGAGAAGAAGGUAGGCGAGUACCAGAAGUGGGGCGUGAUGGCAAACCGCCUGGACAAUGUGUUCACCCUUGAUGCAGACUUCUAAAAGGCCCUUUAGUUAGUGUGCCCCACAUCUUGACAACCAGCCAAAGCGCGCAUCUGGUAUGCGUGUGUUCGUGCCUCAUCUUCUGAUUUCCCUUUCUGACUUUAAAUCCAUUCGAUGGACUCGGAGCGGGCCGUAGAUUCAAAGCAUUCACGUGUUGGAUGGCAAAAGGGCGCAAAAGUUUGUGAUGAUUAAGGAAACCGAUCAAUCGAUUCAGCCGAUGAUUCAGUCGCACGAAACACAUGUUAGACGAGGCUACAGCAUCUUUCGAUUAGUUUUUUUAACGUUUCAAGUUUGCGUGUGCACUUUUCUUAGUAUAAAUUGUAUUUUUAAACUUCCUCUUCCUCCAAUCGGACGCUUAUGAUGAUUUCAGAACAAAAUGUUAGCACAAUUAUCGACAAAAUUGGAGGCAAAUUGUAGAGUGAUCGCAAACGUUCUUGCGACCUAGAAACAGCAAACGAAUCCACCAUCUACCCACGUCAGGAUCUCAUUGGAAACGAAUCAGAAAACACUGGACCACAUGAUAAAACCGGAAUAGGACGAUCAUCAAUGUUUUUUUUUUCGAUGGUGAACGCUACCAUAAAUCUUACUUGCAUCCUCCACCCAGUCCAUCUCCUUCGCUCACUGUGAAGGGAUGUUUGGGGCUAGAUAAAUGCAGAGCGAAUAAUUGUAAUUAUAUUAUGUUAAUAUCAUAUGAUGUGUAUACACAAUAAGUAACGGAAAAGAUCAUCCUUUUGGUGAAACUUAAAUAAAGGUCUUUUUAA